UCCGGGUUCCGGGUUCGAGUUUCGAGGUGGGCUGUGCGCUCCGCGGACCGCCGCUGCCCGGAGUGACGCUCGGCUCGUGCUGCAGGACGGAGCGCGUGUCGGCGGUCCUGGGCGGCUGGGGGCUUAUGGAGGGACCGGCGUGGGGAUGGCGUGCACGAGAAGAAGCAAGAGCUCCGUGUGGACGUGCGUGGUGCUGAGCGGCAUCACCAACAUCGCGUGCCUCCUCUACGUGGGCUGGGUGACCAACUACCUGUCCCACGUGUGGAGUCCGGCGGCUCCGGGGACGCGGCUCGAGGAGGACGGCAGCAGCCGGGCAGAGACGCUGCGAAUCAUGGGGAGGCUGGAGCGUCUCGAGAGCGUGGUGAAGCAGCACAUCCACGAGACUCCCCAGAGGCCGGACGAGGGAAUCAACGUUUUCUCUGACUCGUCCCUGUUUGCUCGCUGGGGCCAGGAUCUCGGCCCGGAGGGUAGGCUUGCGGCAAUGAAGCAGUUCCGGUACUAUGGCUACAACGGCUACCUCAGCGACCGCCUCGCUCUGGACAGGCCCAUUCCAGACUUCAGACCUGAUGGGUGCAGGAACCUUUCGUAUCCCGGCAGUCUCCCGCAACUCAGCAUUGUUUUCAUCUUCGUCAACGAAGCCCUGUCGGUAGUCCUACGCUCCAUUCUUUCGGCCAUCAACAGGACACCCCGGCACCUGCUCAAGGAGAUCAUCCUGGUGGACGACAAUAGCAGUAAUGAGGAGCUAAAGAGGAAGCUGCAGGACUUUGUGGAGGAAACCAACAGCCAGAGGCCAGGCCUCAUCAAGGUGAUACGUCACGCCCGACAGGAAGGGCUGAUCCGCUCACGGGUGAGCGGCUGGCGGGCCUCCACGGCCCCUGUGGUGGCACUGUUCGAUGCCCACGUAGAGUUCAACACAGACUGGGCAGAACCCAUCCUGCUGAGAAUUAAAGACGACCGGACCCGCAUCGUUUCCCCGUCAUUUGAUAACAUCAAGUAUGACACGUUCGAGGUUGAGGAAUACCCGCUGUCCGCUCAGGGUUUCGACUGGGAGCUGUGGUGUCGAUACCUGAACCCACCCAAGUCCUGGUGGAACCUGUCCAACAAUACGGCUCCGAUCCGAAGCCCGGCUUUGAUUGGUUGCUUUGUGGUGGACAGGCACUACUUUGAAGAAAUUGGCCUCCUGGAUGAAGGGAUGGAGGUUUAUGGAGGUGAAAAUGUGGAACUGAGCAUCAGAGUGUGGCAGUGUGGGGGCAGUAUUGAGGUUCUGCCCUGUGCUCGGAUCGCCCAUAUUGAGCGAGCCCACAAACCCUACACAGAGGAGCUGACCACCCAUGUGCGUAGGAACGCUCUGAGAGUGGCAGAAGUGUGGAUGGACGAGUUCAGGGAUCACGUGUAUAUGGCCUGGAACAUUCCACGGGAGGACUCGGGGAUUGACAUCGGAGAUGUCUCUGAGAGGAAGGCUCUGCGGAGGGAGCUGCAGUGUAAAACGUUUCGUUGGUACUUGACACACAUCUACCCAGAGAUGAGAAUGUACACCAACACCGUGGCCUAUGGAGUGCUGAAGAACUCUCUUUGGAGGGACAUGUGCCUGGACCAGGGGCCGGAUGCAGACAACGUACCUAUUCUGUACACGUGUCAUGGGAUGACACCCCAGAAUGUGUACUACACCAGAACCCAGCAGCUGCACAUGGGGGUCCUGAGCCCUACCAUAGAUGAUGAUGACAACAAAUGCCUGGUGGAUGUCAACGGCAAGCCGAGACUCAUCGAGUGUAACUAUGCUCAGGCCAAACGGAUGAAGCUUUUUUGGACCUUCACUCAGGGAGGCUCCAUCCAGAACAAGAAGUCAAAACGAUGCCUUGAGCUGAUGGAGAAAAGGGAUGGUGAGCUUGGGUACCGGCUAACCCUGCAGAACUGCUCUGGACAAAGCUGGACCAUCACCAACUACAUGUUGGGCACAUCAUGAGAAGGUCCCUCAGCACCCAUCACUGGACCAGCAGAAACAGUGGAAGUUUUUCUUAAGACCUUUAAAUGCUCUGGUGGUUUUUUUCUGACGUAUCGCAUAAUUCAAGUCAAUUUAUUUUUAUAGAGCGCUCUUCUCACGCAGUGACAUAGAGCACUUGAACA